AUGGCUUGGGCAGCGCUGGCGGGAAUUGACGACCUCGAGGUCAGAGGAGGUCCGCCUGCACUGGCGGGUGAUCGCGUUGAUCUUGAGUCUAACUUUGCGAAGCUAAGCCUUGAGAAGAAGAUGAUGCGGGGGAGGGCUACGAUGGUCCCGAGGAGUCAGACGGGCUGGCUGGGCCCGCUGGCUUUUUGCCUGCUCAUCGCAGGCAUCGAGGCCAUAUCCAAGAAUUUCGUCAAUAGUUCCAUGCCCGAAAUGCGGCCAACCUUCGUCGUAAACUUUGAUAUGGCCACCGUUAUAUGUCAGCAUAGUGCCGAAUCGACAGAUCUACACUUGCACGAGAUUAGCGUACUUUGUGACGGCAAGAACGACUGCUAUCAGAAUCCGGCGAUGCAUGACGAAAGCUUCCCGUACUGUGGUAGGUCCGAUACCUUGUUGAGCCUCAAAGACCUCACUGACUGA